AUAAGCAUUAAAGAGGGAAAGUUUCUUUAAUCACAAGGAAACCUACGUAGGAGCAAAACAUUAUUCUCAUGGCAACAAGAAAGGGAAACGUUUAACAUUGAUGAAGAGAAGAGAAUCCGAAACAAAUCGCAUGGAAGCAGAGAGCUUACCGUUACGGCCUUUCCUAUUUAGCAUCUCCUAAGCCACCUUCCUAAAACGUUCCUCAUCUUCUCUCCUCUCAGAUUCAUUUCGACUGAGUCAGAGAGUGAGAAAAGAAAUGAUGGAGGAAGGUAGUCUUUGGCAUCAAUGGAGCAUGAUCAGAUCUCUGUUAGCCAUUCUUCAAUGGUGGGGUUUCAACGUUACAGUUAUCAUCAUGAACAAAUGGAUCUUCCAGAAACUGGAUUUCAAGUUCCCUCUGUCGGUCUCAUGCGUUCAUUUCAUAUGUUCAUCGAUCGGAGCAUACAUUGUAAUCAAAGUCCUGAAGAUUAAACCAUUGAUCGUUGUUGAUCCAGAAGAUCGAUGGAAGAGGAUCUUCCCAAUGUCAUUCGUCUUCUGUAUCAACAUUGUGUUAGGAAACAUCAGUCUUAGAUACAUCCCUGUCUCUUUUAUGCAGACAAUCAAAUCCUUCACUCCAGCAACAACAGGUUUUUUUUUACAAGACUUGCACAGCAAGAACAGUGAUCUUUUGUUUCUUGUUCUGAUAAGUUCUUUAUGUUAUUUUUUUUUUCUUGGGAGGGCAGUUGUGUUACAGUGGUUGGUAUGGAGGAAAUAUUUCAAUUGGCGUAUUUGGGCGUCGUUGGUUCCAAUUGUAGGAGGGAUUUUUCUGACUUCUAUUACAGAACUUAGCUUUAACGUGUUUGGUUUCUGUGCUGCUCUGUUUGGUUGUUUAGCUACCUCUACUAAGACCAUUCUUGCUGAAUCUCUUCUUCACGGUUACAAAUUUGAUAGCAUCAACACGGUGUACUAUAUGGCUCCUUUUGCGACAAUGAUUCUUGGAGUACCGGCGUUUUUACUGGAAGGCAACGGGAUAUUGGAUUGGUUUGAAGCGCACUCUUCUCCAUGGUCGGCUCUCAUCAUGAUUUUAAGCUCAGGUGUUGUAGCUUUCUGUCUUAACUUCUCCAUCUUCUAUGUCAUUCACUCCACAACAGCAGUUACAUUCAAUGUAGCUGGAAACCUUAAGGUUGCAGUGGCUGUUCUGGUUUCAUGGAUGAUAUUCCGAAACCCGAUAUCACCGAUGAAUGGUGUUGGAUGUGGAAUCACACUCGUGGGAUGCACGUUUUAUGGAUAUGUAAGUCAUAUGCUUUCUCAGCAACAACCUGGAACUCCUAGGACUCCUUGUACACCAAGGAACAAGAUGGAACUCCUGAUCCCUCUUGUUAAUGAUAAAGUCGAGGGUAAAGUUUGAACAUGCAACGUGUGUAAUUGAAUUCUUCAAGCCAUAGAGCUACUGUUGAAAGCCAAAUAAAAAAGAAAAGAAAAAGGAUUUAGAUUUAAUAUUGAACAUCCUCAUUAAAACAUGCCCAUUUUGU